UGGAGACUGAAUAGUCCAGAGGGGCGGGACAGGAGCCGGGUUUCCCGCGGCCCUGAGUGACGCGAACGGAGGCGAGUCGAUCUCUUAAAGGGCCAGCCCACAGGCUUCCUUUUGUUCCGGGGCCGCAAGGCGGGGCAGGCCCAACUUUCACCAUCUGCUGAUCUACUCUCCAGAAGAGUCAUGAUUUCUCAGUUCUUCAUCUUGUCCUCCAAAGGAGAUCCGCUCAUCUACAAAGACUUCCGCGGGGACAGUGGUGGCCGCGAUGUGGCCGAGCUCUUCUACCGGAAGCUGAUGGGACUGCCUGGAGACGAGUCCCCAGUUGUCAUGUAUCACGAUGACCGUCAUUUCAUUCACAUCAGACACAGCGGCCUCUAUUUGGUGGCCACGACUUCAAAAAACAUUUCUCCUUUCAGCCUCUUAGAGCUGCUCUCCAGGUUAGCUACUCUUCUGGGUGACUACUGUGGCUCUCUCAGUGAAGGGACCAUCUCCAGAAACGUUGCUCUUGUCUAUGAACUCCUCGACGAAGUACUGGAUUAUGGCUACAUACAGACCACAUCCACAGAGAUGCUAAGAAACUUCAUCCAGACGGAAGCUGUGGUUAGCAAGCCCUUCAGCCUCUUUGAUCUCAGCAGUGUUGGCUUGUUUGGGGCAGAGACACAACAGAGCAAAGUGGCCCCUAGCAGUGCUGCCAGCCGCCCAGUCCUUUCCAGUCGCUCUGACCAGAGCCAAAAAAAUGAAGUUUUUUUAGAUGUGGUCGAGAGAUUGUCUGUACUGAUAGCAGCUAAUGGAUCACCACUGAAGGUGGAUGUGCAAGGAGAGCUCCGGCUCAAGAGCUUCCUUCCCAGUGGCUCUGAGAUGCGCAUUGGCUUGACAGAAGAAUUUUGUGUGGGGAAAUCGGAACUGAGAGGUUAUGGGCCAGGAAUUCGGGUGGAUGAAGUCUCAUUUCACAGCUCAGUAAACCUGGACGAGUUUGAGUCUCAUCGGAUCCUCCGCUUGCAGCCACCCCAGGGUGAGCUGACUGUGAUGCGAUACCAGCUCUCUGAUGAUCUUCCCUCCCCGCUCCCUUUCCGGCUCUUUCCCUCUGUGCAGUGGGACCGAGGCUCAGGCCGGCUCCAGGUUUACCUGAAGUUACGAUGUGACCUGCCCCCAAAAAGUCAAGCUGUCAACAUCCGGCUGCACCUUCCGCUGCCACGAGGGGUGGUCAGCCUGUCUCAGGAGCUAAGCAGCCCAGAGCAAAAGGCAGAUCUCGGGGAGGGAGCCCUUCACUGGAACCUGCCCCGGAUACAAGGAGGCUCCCAACUCUCAGGCCUUUUCCAGAUGGACGUUCCCAGCCUACCAGGACCCCCUGACCACGGGCCUUCCACCUCAGCCCCUCCACUGGGGCUGGGCCCUGCAAGCCUAUCCUUCGAACUACCUCGGCACACAUGUUCCGGCCUCCAGGUUCGCUUCCUCAGGCUGACCUGCAGGCCUAGUGGCAAUACCAACCCCCACAAGUGGGUACGCCACCUAAGCCACAGUGACGCCUAUGUCAUUCGGAUCUGAGGUUCCCCAGACAAGGCUGUGGCAGCAAAGGCAGCAGGCAGUCAAAUGGGAAGACGACAUUUUCCUUCUUGGAGUGGUUCUGGAUGUAAGCAGAAGUCCUGAGAGGCCAGCAGGCUUGCCUCUUCCGUGGUAUCUGACACAGGAAGGCUCAGAAUUUACAAAUCAACUUUUAUUCCGAGGAAGUAACUGUACAGUAUCUAAAAAGAAAGUCAUGUGGGGUAUCAAGCCUACUCUUUCUUCCAUAUUGCUUGCAAAUGUGCACAUAGGAAUCCAUGGGAGAGGUCAGCAGAUGGAUGAUGUUAUCACUGAGCAGGCUGAGGGGAGCCAGGUCCAGGGGGCUGGGAACCAUUCGCCUUCGGAGUCCCUGGUGCUGGAGGUGGGCUGUCCCCAGCUUCCUGUUUCCCCCCACAGAGGGCACUGCCCCCAAGUGGAGAGGGGGAAGAUGAGGUGGGAGGGACUGGAGAAGGAUGGGAGGGAGGGCCUCCUUUGCCAUCUCCUGUUGGGGGUAGUGAGACCACGAUGUACUUCUGGACACUGCCAGGCCCAGAGGGGGCUGUACUGGGGGGUGCAUUGGAGGCAGUGGAAACCAGCUUGACAAUGGGCUGCACGCUGGGGACUGUGGUGGUGACUGGAGAGGUAGUGGUGGAUCCUGAGCCAGGGGCUGAGGUGCUGAGGGACAGGACCUGGAGGAGAAAGGGAGGCAGUGUGAAUCACCUUGCACCCACCCCGUGAAGGGCUUUCAUCGUCAGGAUCCAGUAGACUGUUGCCAACUUAAACUUCAUGAGACCCUGGCAAGUGGCCCUUCUGUCUCCUGGUUUUGGGCCUUGAGGGGACUGGUCUCUACUCUGAGGCCUCCCUAAACAGCUCUGAGGUGACCCAGGCUGCUUUGCAUCCCUUGUCCCAGAUGCCACAUACCUGCUGGGUGGAUGAGGCGCUGGAAGACGAUGACAUUACAAUAAACUUGGUUGGAGGAGGGGAAGGUUGAGGAGGGGCAGCAGCUCGUGCAGACACCAGUGUCUGGACAGGCAGUGCGAUGGAGCCAGGGACUUUCAGCAAGCCAGGGGUUCGAGGGCCAGACUGAGGGGCCUGAGACAGGGUCAAUGUGGGCCUGGGCUGUGAGGGAAGAGUCAGGAAGAAAACAUCAGCAUCUAGGAAAAGGAAAGGCUGAAUGGAGAUCUGGCUGCUCUUGCUCUUCCUCAGUAGCUGUGUCUGGGGUUGGGGCAUCCUUUACUGAUGGGGUCCAGGCUCUCUGAGACUGUGCUGCCUCAGGGCCUAGAGGAAUCCCUGUCCCUGGGCACCAUGGCCAUGUCCCACCCAUGCAUCGUUCAUUUCCUCUCUCCCUCCCCCCAGUAGCGACUGACCUGUGUGAUGGUCAGUGUGGUCCUGUUGACCUGCUGUGCCUGUAGAGCAGCCUGGGCCCGGGCCUUGACCACAUGGGAACAGAGAAGGGGCCCAAGGGAUCCAAAUUCUGCCCGAUAGGCAUCCUGAUUGUCAGGUGGAGGAUGCAGCUUAGCCAGUACAGGUGCACAGUGUUUCUGCAGUGAAAAGGCAAAGAGGAAGAGUAUGAAAGGACACAGCCACUGUUUCACUGUGCCCUCGAUGGCAACUGUGCAGGGUCUUCAGCGAGUGUAAGGAAUGGUGUGGUUCUCCCUCAGAGGAAAACAGGGCCAACUGCUGUGAGCUGAAGACUUGCUACACACACCAGUAACAUCUGUGGGACAGUCAUUCCAUACACCUGUGUGUGCCUUUCACACACAGUCGUACAGUGAUUAAGAUCCCUUAUUUUUUACUUAGCCCACCUAUGCCUGUCUUUCCAUCAGUAAAACAGCAUCAGACUUUGAAGGGUACUUGGAAUAUAUGCAGCAAAGAUGCGAAUAAGCAAAUAAAAUAUGCUAGAUGCUUGCUGAA